CUCCCCGCAAGGAGGCCCCAGGUUCAAGUAGCUACUCACGCCAUGGCAAAGACGGCAUCAGGUUUUCCUGGAUUGUUAUCCUGGUUCGACCUUCCUUCUUCUCCAACCUACGCUUGAUCCGUCCGGAACACACCCCUCACCAUGUCUAGCUUCAUCCAGAAAGGCGCCAAAAACAUUCUGUCCAAGCAACCCAACGAUGUGGUCUUUUUGUCAGCACUACGAACCCCAGUCACUCGCGCAAAGAAAGGAGGAUUCAAGGAUGCAUACGAUCAUGAACUACUCGCCCAUGUUCUCAAGGCUACGCUUGCUGCCAACCCAAACCUAGACCCUUCGAAGAUUCAGGACAUCCAAAUAGGCAAUGUUCUCUCCGAGCUCGGUGGCAGCAAGGCUGGCAGGAUGGCCGCAUUGCACGUCGGCGUUCCCGAGACGGCUUCUUUCCAGACGGUCAACAGAGCAUGCUCUAGUGGUCUUGCAGCCAUCACAGGCAUUGCCCAUUCAAUCGCCGUUGGAAGUAUCGAUAUCGGUAUUGGAGGAGGUAUGGAGAGCAUGACGAGGAACUACGGCAGCCGAGCCAUCCCCACACAGCUCUGGGACGAACUCAAGAACACAUCCGUCAAGGACGCCAAGGAUUGUAUCAUGUCUAUGGGUCUCACAGCUGAGAACGUGGCCGAGAGAUAUGGAGUCUCAAGAGCGGAUCAGGAUGCCUUUGCCGCCAACUCACACCAGAAAGCGGCCAAAGCACAAAGAGAUGGACUGUUCGACAGUGAGAUUGUCCCUGUCAAGACACAAUCGCACCCCAACCCUGAGACACCAGAGGUUACGGAGGAGGUUACUGUGAGCAAGGACGAUGGCAUCCGACCCAAGAGCACACCCGAAAGCCUUCAGGCCAUGAAGCCAGCUUUCAAACCCGAUGGUGCUGCAACAGCUGGAAACAGCAGUCAAGUAUCUGAUGGCGCAGCUGCUACGCUGAUGAUGAGAAGAAGCACAGCGACCCAGCUCGGUCUCGAGAAGAACAUCAUCGGCAAGUGGGCUGGUACGCAGGUCGUCGGUUGCAAGCCCGACGAGAUGGGUAUUGGACCUGCCAUUGCCAUUCCAAAGCUGCUUGAAUACACUGGAAUCUCUACAGGAGAAGUGGGUAUCUGGGAGAUCAACGAGGCGUUCGCCAGUCAAGCGAUUCACUGUAUCCGAACACUCGGCAUCUCCGAAGACAAGGUGAACCCCAAGGGAGGCGCAAUCGCCUUGGGUCACCCUCUGGGUGCUACAGGAGCCAGACAACUUGCAACUCUUCUGCCAGAGAUGGAGAGACAAGGUCAAGAGAUCGGCGUCAUCUCAAUGUGUAUUGGAACUGGCAUGGGAAUGGCAAGUUUGAUCGUGAGAGAGUAGAUAUGUAAAUACCAGUAUUUGUAGAAAGAACCAAAAUGCAGACAGACGCGGAAAUUUCGAUAUCAUCCAAGCCUCGA